AGAGGGGGGGCGGGGGGCCGACAGACAGCCGACCGUGAACACUGCAGUACAUGCGACUGUACAACCGCUCCGAGCCUGUGUUCAUUUUUUGUGUCCGACAGCGGCGACGACGCGGAGGAAAACAGACGUGUGUGUUUUGAAGUGAAGUGGCGGAGACGAUUCCAACGUAUCCGGAAAUCCUAACUUUCCUCCGCCGCACGGACGGAGCUGUGUGUGGCAUCUGUGGACCGCAGACGAUUGGCACAAGCAAGUUUUCCCUUUGACUCCUCGGUGGAACGGUUUUUACGAUCACAGGCAUCAGACCAGAGCCAAAGGUGCAGCGGGGGCAAGGCUGCUCUCCGGUCAGAACAAACCCGUCACCAUGGAUGUGGAUGAGGAGGAGAAUAUGAGUUCGAGCAGCACCGACGUUAAGGAAAACCGAAACCUGGACAACGUGUCCUGCAAAGACGGGCUGGGAGUGGCUGAACAGCUCCCCAAUGGAAGCGGCCUGGGCAGUCGAAAGCGCCCCCUAGAGGAGGGAAACAAUGGUCACACACACUCCAAGUUUCGGGCCAAGAAGCGCAAGAAAACGCCGGGGCCGGUCCUGCCCAAGAACGCUCUGAUGCAGCUGAACGAAAUCAAACCGGGUCUACAGUACAAACUGCUGUCUCAGACAGGACCGGUCCACGCACCAGUGUUUGUCAUGACCGUGGAGGUCAAUGGACAGAUGUUUGAGGGCAUGGGCCCAACGAAGAAGAAGGCUAAGCUGAACGCAGCCGAGAAAGCGCUGCGUUCCUUCGUCCAGUUCCCCAAUGCCUCUGAGGCACACCUGGCCAUGGGUCGAACACUGACAGUGAACACAGACUUUACAUCUGACCAAGCUGACUUCCCUGACAUGCUCUUCAACGGCUUUGAGACGCCAGCCGCACCUGAAGAGUCCUUCUAUUUAGGCUCCAAUGGUAGCAGCUCCUUAAACUCUCUAGGGGAGUACCCACUGCCCACACCACCUGGCAGCAACCUUGUCCAGGCCCCAUUGCCCCCUCCAUCGGCGUUCAGCUCGCCCUCCAGUGGCAAAAACCCAGUCAUGAUCCUCAAUGAGCUCAGGCCAGGUCUCAAAUAUGACUUUGUCUCAGAGAGCGGGGAGAGUCACGCCAAGAAUUUUGUGAUGUCAGUAACAGUGGAUGCACAGACGUUUGAAGGCUCAGGGCGCAACAAGAAACUGGCUAAAGCCCGGGCAGCGCAAGCCGCCCUCUCAGCUCUCUUCAACAUGCAGCUAGACCAGACACCAUCCCGGCAACCCAUACCAAGAGAGGGAUUACAGCUCCAUCUACCCCAGGUUCUGGCUGAUGCCGUCUCUCGCCUGGUGGUGGAUAAGUUCAGUGAGCUGACAGACAACUUCACCUCCCCCCAUGCACGACGGAAAGUCCUAGCAGGAGUCGUCAUGACAACAGGGACAGACGUGAAGGAAGCACAGGUCAUUUGUGUCUCCACAGGAACCAAAUGCAUCAACGGUGAGUACAUGAGUGACCGCGGCCUGGCACUCAAUGACUGCCACGCUGAGAUAAUCGCCCGACGCUCGCUCAUCAGGUACCUCUACACUCAGCUGGAGUUCUUCCUCAGCAACAGCAAGGAGGACCACCAGAAGUCGAUAUUCGUGCACUGUGACAAGGGAGGCUACAGGUUAAAGGACAACGUCCAGUUCCACCUCUACAUCAGCACCUCGCCCUGCGGAGACGCCCGGAUCUUCUCCCCGCACGAGGCCGGAGUGGAAGACCAAGGAGACCGGCAUCCUAACCGGAAAGCACGGGGCCAGCUAAGGACCAAAAUUGAGUCUGGGGAAGGCACCAUCCCUGUGAGGUCCAGCAACACCAUCCAGACCUGGGACGGGGUGCUGCAAGGAGAGAGGCUACUCACAAUGUCAUGCAGUGACAAGAUCGCAAGGUGGAAUGUGGUGGGCAUCCAGGGCUCUUUGAUGAGCUACUUCACAGAGCCAAUCUACUUCUCCAGCAUCAUCCUCGGCAGCCUUUACCACGCCGACCACCUCUCCCGGGCCAUGUACCAGCGCAUCGCAGAUAUCGAGGACCUGCCCCAGCAGUUCACUCUCAACAGGCCUUUACUCAGUGGUAUAAGUAAUGCAGAGGCCAGGCAACCAGGCAAGGCACCAAACUUCAGUGUGAACUGGACAGUGGGCGACCAGGCCCUAGAGGUGAUCAACGCAACCACGGGCAAGGACGACAUGGGUCGCGCUUCACGUCUUUGCAAGCACGCCCUCUACAGCCGCUGGGUGCGCCUACACUCCAAGCUGUCAUCCAUCUUGCGGAUCAAGGUGCUCAAGCCCAGCUCCUACCAUGAAGCCAAGCAGGCAGCCACAGAGUACCACUCUGCUAAGCAGGCGCUCAUCAAGGCCUUCCACAAGGCCGGCCUGGGGGCCUGGGUCAAAAAGCCCAUUGAGCAAGACCAGUUCACCCUCAGCUCCUGAGGGAGUCAAGGGACCAAGGGAUUCCUAAAAAAACCCCCACUCCUUCCCCCCUGACCCAGGCCUGAAGGCAAGAGACGCCCUCAUUAACAGCCAGCCCACACAAGACACUUACCUCCGUCCCAUGUGUCGGCGCGCACGUGCACUUUGUACUUGUGGAAAUAAACGUGCGUAGUUUCACAAACCAUCCUUAGCUCAUCAUUCUCAUUCCUCAGAGGACCUCAGCCUCACCAUGUCUUCUCCUUUUAUUCUGAUUUCUGACGGAUGGUUGUUUUUUUCAUCGACUUGUUUUCUGUUUUAAAACUGGAAUCCAUUGGUUUUCGUUUAUGUUUCCCAGAGAAAUCAUGUUUUACAUGUGGAAGUUGAAAUGAUACAGUUUUGUCUAUUUUCUUGAUCAGUGAUUGUAGCCAGUUUAGGGUGAAAUGUAGCCUAGAAACACAGGAUCAUUGUUAAGUGAAACAGAUGUGUAUGGACCUAAAAAAUAUAUAUAUACUUGCUAAAAUUAACGAGUAUGACAAACUUUAAUUUAAAGAUGCAUAAAUCUUCAGGAUGUAAAUCUAUUACUGAAAAGAAAGAGAAGAUAAAAUAGUUCUAACAUUAAUGUGUGUUACUUGGUCCGUUGCUUAGAUGAGACUACAUGUUGUCAGCCCCUGUAUUAAAAAUGUUACAAAGUAUUGUGGCCCUGUUUGAUUCACUGACUGGAAAGAAUAUACAGUGGAGGCCAGGCGACGCAGCAGAUUAGUAAACCUUUGAUUUUUUUGUGUGUGUGUUUUAUUCAUUCAUUCAUGCAUAUGCUCUGUAAGUUAUUUUAUGUCACUCUCAUUUCAUACUUGAACACUGGGGGGUCGUGUUGACUCCUUCCCUCGCCUGGGUCUUGGGACAAGCUUUGGGAGGUGCUGCACGUUGUAUUUUUAUUUUUUUUUCUUGAUCUAAGCCAUGGCUUUGCAUGGGAACUGAACUGGGAGGCCUGCAGAGCAGAAAACAUGCGGUGGAGAGCCCCGUGCAUCCAUCAGUGAAUGAUUUUGAAUGAAUGCCAGCAUCUUCCUCCACAGGCAGCUUUGAAUCUUUGUCUCUGUUUUCUAGAUUUCUUGUGACUUCUUGUUUGUUUUGCGGGGAGGGACAGGGACCGUUUAGUUUGGUUUGUUUUUUUCCUAAUAUUGGGCAUUUAAGGAUAGGGGAUCAUACAGCAGUGAAAAUAGUGAUAGUGUAAACAAACCUCUCAGAUCUUGUAACUAUGUCACCUUGUGGAAGGGAGCCGUCAGUUGUUAAUAGCAGGCAUGGUCUGUGUACUGCAGUGCCACUUACAGUGCUGUACAUGAAGUUACAUUCACUAGAUUCCACAUGCUGCCAGUCUGUAGUGAGUGUUUGAGAUGCAAACAUGUUGUACUCCCUCCACAUACUUUAACUGUCUUUGGAAACUCGUAGAGGAGCAGUGCAGUACCAUGCAGUUCCUGUAUGAUCAGACGAAAAAGUCCUGUAGGUUACAACCAAAUGUAUCACAACGUGAUGUCAUUCUUGUCCUCUCUUCUACUUCAGAAACACAUUAGCGGCGUAGUUCAAGUAAACCUCUGUGAUUUGGUUUGACACCUGUACACCCUGACUGCAUAAAUGUCCUCGUGUUUUAAACGUGUGAAUGAGGACAAAUUCACAAGUAACUGCAGUGGAUUCCUUUUCCGAGCUGUAGGAAAUGUGUGUGUGUGUGUGUGUGUGUGUGUGUGUGUGUGUGUGUGUGUGUGCAAUCUAUGUGUGUGCUCAGGCAUCUUUAAGCAUACUCUGUGGAAUCUUCACCAAAGAUGAUGAUGUCCAUGUGUGUUUCUGUCCCACUGUUUUCCUUACAAAGAUUUUACUGUUUUGGUUUUUGUAUAUCCACUGAACAAUGUCCUUUUUGAUUUGUACAAAAACAAUGUAUUCAAUUCAACAUGGGGGAAAUUGAAUUGUCAGGCUUCUUUAGUGCAUCCGUUGCUGUCAGUGGCCACGUGUGUAUUGUGACCUGCGAUCAUUAUUGCUGCAGUAUAGUAGUUUUGUGUAUAUAAGGAACAACAGAAAUGACUAUUCCCAACUGUACAAUCAGCUCACCCCCCCACUCUUAAACUGUUUUAGAUCUUUCCCUGAUGUGGGGAAACUGCAGAUGUUAAUGUUCCUAACUAAGUAUUAGUGGUUCUGUGUGACUCACUGGGCACCAUGAAGCAUGGCACUAAAACUGCCGGGGUUAUUACGGGCUUCAUCCCAAAUGUAGCCACCGUGUUUAGAAAAUAAAAAAAACAAUAUAUGCAUUGUAAGGUGCCUCAGCUAAAAGUGGCAUCCACCAGCUGGCAUGCGUGAUGUCAUAUAUGUACCUUUUUCACUUAUAUUUGGUUGUUUUAUGAGUCAGUGUUAGAGCAGAAGAAAAAGGGAGAAGUUGACUUGAAGGUGAAACCCUUGAGAGCAGUGGGAACCAGCGCCCCCUGACAAAGACCCAGACCAAAGUCACAAGCAAUACUCCUGAUGUCUCCUUUAAUGUCAGCCCAUCACAAACAGGAGUCUGAAUGAAGUUUCCCUCCCCCCCUUUAACUCCUCCUGUCUUUGUUUUAGUUUUUUUUCCUGUUAUCUCUCCACAAAGCUGUCUGAGGUUUUAUAUAAUAUAUAUAUUUCCCCUCCUAAAGACUGCCUGCUUCUAGACUUUUGUUUUUUCUUUUGACUGCACUAAAGAUGUCAACUGAUGAUGUCAUGAUAAAAAACCGUCCCCGUUUAUGGAUCGGAUGGCAACUAUCACAGCAAGAACUGAACUGCUUCUGCUUAACCCUUUGUGAAUCCUCAAUGAUGAUGGUCAGUGCCCCCCCCCCCCCUCCUGAACCCCCCCGCAGCUGUGUCUGUCGUGGGUUUCUGAUUUCUUUGUUAUGUUUGGUUCUGUUCGGUGACUCCGGAGGCGCUCAGCGUUUGUCCACUCUGGGUUUAUCCGAGGCACCGCCUCCCCCUCCUCCCUCCCCCUCUCCCAUUCUCCCCCUCUCCCCAGUCGUCCGAUGUGUGAAAACCUCCACCGACAAAAACCACGACCUUGCAUGUAUUACCAACACUGAAGCUGCACCUAGCAUGAUGACAAACUUUUAAAGGACUCGUGUAGAAAAAAAUAAAAAUAAAACAGCUAAAGAUAGAUAUAUAAGAUGAACAAAAAAGAAUAAAAGAGUUCUUAGUUUA